AUGCUUCAAGCUCCCCAGAAGCCCAAGCGCCAGUCCGUUGUUGGUCCUCUCAGAGAUAUUCCUGUUAAUGAUGAGCGGGAUACUGGCCCACGUUGGAAAGCCACCAGUAAGAAGGCUGCUUUCAUAAUUCAAGUGAAUGAACCAGAUGAUAAGAACGGAAAGAAAUUUCUUAUUGCCCAAAAAGUGCCGUGUGAGGAUGAUGUGCUGGGUUUCAAUUCAGCUGUUUCACUCCCAGAGACAAAAGCUUUGGCGCCCCGUGAUUAUCCGAUGGAUGGGAGUUUUGAAUCCUCCAUUGCUAUGGACACAUCCGUGGAAGUGGAAGCAGAUGGAAAGCCACGAAAUAUCAAUGAAGUCCCUGACUACCAAGAAGACAUCUAUCUGUACCUUAGGAAAAUGGAGGCUAAAUAUAAGCCUAAAGUAGGCUACAUGGAGAAGCAACCAGAAAUAACCAACAGCAUGAGGGCCAUCUUGGUGGACUGGCUAGUGGACGUUGGGGAGGAAUACAGUUUCCAGAAUGAGACUCUCCAUUUGGCUGUGAACUAUGUUGAUAGAUACCUUUCUUCCGUGUCAGUUCUGCGGGGAAAGCUCCAGCUAGUUGGGAUUGCUGCCAUAUUCCUUGCCUCAAAGUUCGAAGAAAUCUGUCCACCGGAUACGACCGAAUUUAUGUGCCUCACCGAUGGCCUGUACACAAAAAGUCAGAUUGUAGGAAUGGAGCAAAUGCUGCUGGGUGUGCUGGCUUUUGACCUUGCGGUGCCAACAAUAAUCCAGUUCCUCACGCAUUAUUUCCUGCAUCAGCAGCAGGCCAAUUCCAAGGUGGAAAGUUUAGCCAUGUUUCUGGGGGAGUUAAGUUUAAUGGAUGCGGACCCCUACCUGAAAUAUUUACCCUCAGUUACCGCUGGGGCUGCCUUUCAUCUUGCUCUCUACACAAUCACUGGGAAAAGCUGGCCUGAGUCAUUGAUCCAAAAAACGGGAUACACCUUGGAAAGUCUUAAGCCAUGUCUAAUGGACCUUCAUCAGACCUACCUCAGAGCUCCACAUCACGCCCUACAGUGCAUACAAGAAAAAUACAAGACGGAAAAGUACCAUUGCGUGUCCCUCAUCAACCCUCCAGAGACACUAAACUUAGAGUGA